AAACAUGGCAGCUUCCAGCAGCAUCGCAGAGAUGUGUGCUUCCAUCUCAGGCAUUUUGAAUGAAAAACACUGCCCUGAACAUCUUCAAAUCCUCAAAACCUUUACGACAGCUCUGCGAGAGAAAGAAUACAGGGAUGCGGUGGACGAGGCUGUGCUCUCCCCGCUCCUCCGCGUCCUGACCCGGCUCAGUGAGGAGCUCCGCGCCGCAGUCCCGUCUCAAGGACAGGACAGGUCUGUAACAUUAGAGCUGCAGCUGACUGCGGAGUGCUUCAGGGCCCAAAGAAACGCUUGUGUCCAGAGCACAGGUAACCAGUGCCUGCUCAGGGAUCUUGGAUUCAUAGAUGCUACCCUGAAACUUCUAAAAUAUCUUCAAACCAAAGAGGACCAGGAUGGUGUACUUGAACCUCUGCGAUGUGGGAUCCAGUUUAUUGGUAAUAUCGCCGUGGGAAAUCAGAUGUGUAAAGACGAGAUUUGGCAGCUCACCGUCCCAGACCAUCUCCUGCAGCUCCUUUGUGUAGAUGAUGAGAAGACUGCGACCUACGCCUCUAUGGUCCUUCACACUUGUUUAGAUGAAGCUAAAGUUGAAACACUAGCUCUUCCUGAGAAUGUCCCUCUGGCUCUGAAGGUGAUGGAGCUCUGCAGGACACAGCCAGACAUCGACUGGACGGUUCUUAUUGCAACCCAGCAUUUUCUGAAGUGCACUGUUUUGGUGACGGGCAUGUACACAAGGAUGCAGCACCAUGACAGAGUGACUCUGCUGGAGCUGCUGUUGGCUCAGUUGAGAGAGGAGGAUUCUGAGUGUGGCAUUCCUCCGGCUGUCGCCUCUUUUCUGGCCUCUUCUUUUCAGAGUGGCUGUAGUGCAGUGCUCACUCUCGCCACAGGCUCUGUAUCCAGCAAUGAGGUCCUGCAGGAGGCGCUGACAGUGAUCAGCUUGUUGGAUGUUCUUUGUGAGAUGUCUUCAGAUCACAGAGAGUUCAUGUUCUUACAGGACCAUCCAGACCUUCUUACUAAUACGACAGAGCUCCUGGCGCAGGUUCAUGCCAUUGGAAAAUCCAGUAAGAAUAUUUUCAGUGCAUCUCAGAACUUCUCGACCUUCAGUGGAGAGGCGGGUUCAUCUCAUCACUCUCCAGUCGUCAGUUUCAAAGCUCAUCUCAUUAGACUCAUGGGAAACCUGUGCCACAAUCACACCAACAAUCAGAACAAGGUGAGAGAACUUGACGGCAUCCCUCUGAUCUUGGACAACUGCAGUAUUGACAGCAACAACCCCUUUAUCAACCAGUGGGCCAUCUUCGCCAUCAGAAACCUCCUUGAGAACAACUUGGAGAAUCAGAAGUUGGUGGCGUCACUGGAGCAACGCGGCGAGGCUGACUACUCCGCCCUGAGAGAGCUGGGGUUUGAAGUGGAGGAGAGGGAUGGAAGUCUGCUGCUCAAAACUGUCAGGAAAGACACAUGAAAAUCAUUGUAUAAAGGCAAAGUCAUGAUCUUCAAACAGGUUUACAAUAGGAAGGUAUAAAGAUAAGAAUACACUUAACCUUGUGUUAUGUUAAGAGUGCUUUAAAGCUUUAGAUUCUUGCUUUAUUGAUAAGGUGUAUUUAUAACUUGCAUAGAUUUCGCUCUGUGCUAAGUGACUGUGAAAUACUAUUUUAAAAACCCAGAAAAUGUUGAGCUGAAACCUUAUCUUCAAGUUAAGGAGUUCAAUUAAUUUCGUUCUAAAUGUGGUGUUAUAAUUUAAGAUUGAAGGCAGGGUCUACUUAAUUUUUUGAAAGAAAUAACCAAACCAAAAAUCCUCACAUGUGGGAAGGAUCCGCAAAUAUUUUAUUGCUGCAAAGUCCUUAAUACUGACCACUGAAUGUGAAUGAUUCCACCAUUUAUAAACUUAAUCUUUGCCCUGUUGCCUUAUGGAUAGACCCAUUAAUUCUGACAGAAGACAAAUGCAAAAAGUAUUACAGUUGCGAUUAGAUUUGUGAUAUUGAUACUUUGCAGUUACAUCAUACAGGGGGUGUUCUACAUAUAUGUGUAUGGCAGGAUGUUCAGUUGUUACUAUGGUGAAGCAAUGCACACAUUAGGAAUAACUAGGCUACUAAAGAUUGUCUCAAAACAAAAAAAUACAAAGUGGAUUUAAACAACAUAUUUUGAGGAGGGUACAACCCUUAUUCUGACAGACCCCCACUCCGACAGACCCCCACCAGACAUUCUAUCAUUCCGACAACCCUCCAUUCCGACACUUUUUGAUGCCGCCAUCCCGACGUCUUUAUGUAAUCGUUUUGACAACCUACUCAUAGUUUGGAGCAUCACCUUUUUUUGCCUUGUAUACGACGCGUGGACCUCGCCUCUAAACCAGAACAAAAACCAGGACUAAACCAGAACUAAAUUCAGGACUAAACCCAGACUAAACUAGGACUAAAAUCAGGACUAAUACCAGCUGUAAACCAGGACUAAACCAGGAUUAAAACCAGGUCUAAACCAGGUCUAAUCCAGGUCUAAACCAGGACUUCCGUACACUGCGUGCGCCACUGCUCCUACGCUACCAAUCCUUGAAAAUAUUUACUUGAAAAGAGCGCCGUCGCAACUUAAUAAUUACCUUAUGUGCAAUGUUGAAAAAAAGAAUUGCGGAAUGUUGAAAAAAAGUUAAAAUACCGCCACUCCGACCAAGGAAAAAAAAUGUCGGAGUGCAGGAACGUUUGAAAAAAAUGGAAAUGCUGCCGCUCUGACAAUUAGAAGUCAAUGUCGGAAUGUCAGAAUGUAACCAUUUUCAGGAGCCUGUGAUUAAUAAAAGCUAAUGCUCAGUAGCUUGUGACUGUAAUGUUACGUGAGAGCGGGAGGUGUUUAACAGCACAAAUUAGCUCACAUCUUCCAUUUAAAUCAGUUCUUUAUGAUCAGAUUGCGUUUAAACAAAGAUCAGAUUAAAGUUUAACUUGAGUAACAGAGCUUCAGACAGAGUAAUGCCUCCAAUUAGCAUCGCACCUCCAGAGAAUGUUGAUGGCAUCAGCUGCAAAGUAUCAAUAACCUUGUGGUACACCCAGUAAUUCUGACCACCUGAGGACAAAUUCAAAGUAUUGUAGUUAUGAUUAGAUUUACAACAUAUGUUUAAGAAGUAGGACUCCAGGAGCGUCGCAUUUGAGAGAAAACUGAACUGAUAAACUAAACUACAGGGAAAAAAGUUUAUCUGGUAAUCUGCUGAGAACAUUCUAUUAUCUAACCAUUUACAGCAUUUGCGGUUUGAUAAUUGCAUAAACUCAAAUUGCAAUUUCGAUUUGAUUGUGAUAUAUUGUGCAGCUCAAAACACUACCAUAAAAUUAUUUCCUACCCUCGAUAUCAAUUUUAAUCUGGGCCUAGAGUAAAAUUAGCAAAUAAUCCACUAAUGAGAAUGCCAUAUUUACAAAGAAAAGAAGAGAAGAAUCAAUUUUUGCCUUGAUUUGGGCUGGAGAAUUGAAGAUUUGGUGAACAGAGAGAGAGCAUGCUGGCUGUUUUUGGCAACGCUUUUAUGUUUAGCUCUUAUCCAAUGACCUUAACUAACUCCUUACCACAACUUAGAGUAAAACCACCCCCAUAUGAUGUAAUAGGCCUAUCCUUCCUAAUUAAACUGAAGUAUUUACCAGAACUAUUUACGCACUUCCAGUUAUUUAUCACUUGCUUUGAACAAAGUCUAGUAGAAAAUAUUACGCACUGAAUACAUGGCAGCUUAACCCAUUAUUAAAGGCUAUGCAAAAUAAACACUCACUCUUAGACUUGGCGUAUAUCAUCUCAUAUUAAACAGUGGCAUAACCAAAAAUGUAUGUUUAACUUCUCAACAUGAUCCAUCUUGCUUUUGGCUACAUUAUAGGCACAUGAUUAAAGAAUUCCCGGUAAGCAUGUUUACUAUAUUACAAAUGAAUAGUCAUCAAUCUGUAUUAUCGGCUUGCACAACACACAACCGCACAGUCCACCUAUUCUCUUCACUUUUAUCAUCUAUAGGUUUACAAUAAGAUGCAUAUUCAUGGUCAAAAAAGGUGAGUGACUGAUGCUAACCAGCUUGUAUCUGUAAUGUUAUUUGAGAGGUCAAACUGUACAAAGCUCAGUAUGGCAGAGGUGGGACCAAGUCAUUGUUUUGCAAGUCUCAAGUAAGUCUCAAGUCCCAAGUCAAAUACAGGCAAGUUCAAGUCGAGUCUCGAAUCACUGGCCCAUAAGUCCAAGUCAAGACCGAGUUGUCUGCUUGGAGCUUCAAGUCAUUUCAUGUUUUUAAACCAAAGUACCAAAUAUAGCUUAGAUUUUUGCAAUUUAUAUGACUUUUAAGAUAAAUUGUACUUUAAAAAAAAUCAUGGUAUAUUGUAUAUGAGUACUUAUUGAGUAUGUAAGAAUUGUAGAAAUUAAUUUUGUUAAUUUUUCCUUUUUAAAUGUCUUGACAAGAUCUUGGUGUGAAUCAUUAUGGUCAGAAUAGAAAGAAUUCAGAUUUAAAAGUGCUUCUCAAGUCACAGGCCUCAAGUCCAAGUCAAGUCCCAAGUCAUUGACCUUCAAGUCCAAGUCGGGUGUCAAGUCUUAGUCCAUUUUAUCAAGUCAAGUCUCAAGUCUGACUCGAGUCCAAGUCAUCGCUUGCAAGUCCCCACCUCUGCUGUAUGGCUGUCCCUUUUUUGUUACAACUAAGUCAAUUCUUAAUAGCCACACUGUGUUACAACAAAAAUUUAAAGUCUAAUUUAAGUAACAGCUUUAGACAGAGCAGUGCCUCUAGUUAGCUAACUAAUUAAAUAAUUAAACAUUUUAAUUUGUUUCCAAUGCAGGAGUCUUUCGUAGUUCUGUCCAGAUGUUUGGGUAUUCACUUUAUGCUACUUUCUUUUUUGGUUAAAGGCAGCACUAUGCAAUUUUUCUGGUUAGAGUAGAUUUACGAUGGCCGUCUGUAUCCAUGGAGAUGUCAUUGCUUUGCAUAGAAUAUUCCACAGUAUGGCAUUAAACAUUUAUCUAGCAGUUAGAUUAAAAAAAAAAAACAUGCACCGGGGACUACAGGUGGAAAUUAGCUCUGGUGCUAUAACCUGGCACAAUGCAUUUCUCCUGUUAAGGUUAAUGUAUACUGUGCACUGUCCCUGUCUCAUAAAUUAACUAAAUAAAUAUUAAAUUACCUUUUAUUGCUCAAACAGUUCAUACAGAUCAGUUAAAUGCCAUACUGUGGGACAUUCCAGGUAAAACAAUAACAUCUCCAUAGAGAAAAGCAGGUGAUGGAAACUUCACCUGAAAAGUUCAUAGUGCACCUUUAAGUCCUGGUUUAGCUCUAGUUUAGUCCUUGGAUAGACCUGAUAUAGUCUUAGAUUUGUUCUUAUUUGGUCUUUUUGAUUUUUUUUUAGUACAGACUAUGCAAAAUAAUGAUGAAGGCUCCACUAUAUAUUGUACUUGCAGAGCUAACAAUGCGCUUUGGUGUAUAAACAUGGAAAUAUAAUAAUUGUACAGACACCCAUCCAUCCAUCCAUUUUCGUCCGCUUAUCCGGGGCCGGGUCGCGGGGGCAGCCCCGGCGACCCGGGGUACAGACACAUUAUAGUGAAACUGCCUUAGAGUCUAGUUAUUAUAUUGUACUCAUACUAUGCGUAACAUUAGUCAUUGAUUAGUUAGCUGUUAGAAUAUUUAAACGGUCUAUAUUACAGUAUUUUUUGAUCUAGUAUGUUGUAUCCUCAUUAAAAUUAUUCAUGGCGUUUUGUUUCAUUCAUACUGAGUUCUUUUCUCAAACAGAAAACACUUUGUACAGGAAGUGCUUCGCUGUGUUUUUAUACUCCACACGCCUUCACCAGUAUAUUGGAUAAUUUCAGCUCUGAUGAACAAAAGGUAAAAGGUACCUGUUGACUAGAAAACUACUGCUUUGUGACAUGGUGGGACAGAGUAUUUUGAUCUUGGAGAUGUAAACAGGUGAAUAACAAAGGGUCACUUAAACAUGUGUGAAUGAAACAAAACAUAACUCCAGAUAUGUUUUGAGGAGGUAACAACAUUAUAGCAUGACUUAAAGCUCACAAGAAUCCAUUUUGUGUAAUAUAGGAACUUUAUGAGCGAUUUGGGCCCAGAGGACAUAGACAGCGGUGAUAAAAACAGGAUUUUGAUGAGAGAGUGAGAGGGUGAAUCAGACCAGAAGCAUUAGUUUGCAGAAUGACACCCCUGGGUGCUCCUCGCGUUGCUGGACAAGCUGAAUGGUCUUGACACCCUAACAAUGCAGCGCUUUACAGACCAGCCCGUACCCAGCCCCACCCUGUUUUUUCUGCCUCCGAUUUUUAAUGACAAAAUGUAUUGAAACAAUCGGCUGGACUCUGCGCUCAAUCCGCCCGCACAGUGUAGGGAGCUUAUGUGGUUCCGGUCCCCAGGAUUUCAGACGGCUAACAAAACAGCUGUUACGCGCUCCACUGGCUGGCUGCAAUGCUUUUCAGGCCCACAGGAAAGAGCCUGUGUCUGCUGAAUGAGGUGGCCCGGCCCUGGUCUGGUCACCUAUAAUGUAUUAGAGACACAUCAGGCAGGGGCCAAAUGCACUGUUUCCCAUAUAAGAGGCCUUGGACAGACUGCACUGGUGUGAGGCUGUAUGCUGUAUGUUAAUUAUAAACUCUGUUAAUGCUUUGAAUAAGGUAAAGUGUGACAUCAGUUUGAGGCGAAGGAGGAUCAUGUUUUAUUUGUAAAAAAAACAACACCGCUGAUCAGGUUUAUUUAGUAAACACACAUUUUACCACAUAGAAAGGAAUAAAGCCAAGUUGCAAUCUUAAGACAGCAAUAAGUCUUGAUUUAAAAGGACAUUAGUAAACACAAACUGAACUCCAGUAAUGGUUUGGCUUUUUGCAGAAUAGUUUAAUGUUACUUAAUUACAACUGUGUGCACAGUAGUCCUUGGUUUCUGUAAACACUGGAUAAAUUACUUUGUUGGCUAUGUUGAAACAUAUAAUAUGGUAUAACAUUUACAAUGUACAAUUUAAGACUGGCUUACAUACAAUAAUUUAUUGUUUCUCUGAAAAUGCUAACAAUAAUAAACAAUUGUAAAUAAUGA